ACAGAAUGACUUUUGUGUCGACUUGUGUCGACGACUGUGUCUCCUAAAAGGAAAGCAGCCUUAUUGUAUAGGAGGCCCUUUAGCGAGAAAGAGCGACACUUUGCCCGGUUAUUUUGCUUAUUUUCAUUUCGUGCAAGAGAACGCGUCGAUUGAUAUAAUUACAUAUCAGAGAGUUAAACUCUAAUAAUUACUUAAAAUUUAGUGUAUUACACAGGUUAAGUUUAAGUACACGUGCUUCAUCUCGCCGCGUGUUAAUGAGGAAUUAUAAGAUUGUUAAAAUGAGGAAAGCAUGCUUGAUUAACGUUUACAUUCGAUGCAAAUGCACGAAUACACAAAGCAGCACUCGUACUUCUACAAAGAGCCAGUGGAAAAAAAUACAUCUAAAAAAUGAUCAGGAUUCGAAAUGUGUUCAUCAGGAUUUACUUCUUAAAACUGAUUCUUUCACAUCAAGUUCUAUUCACAAUACACCUGUGAUACCCAACAAUUUUGAGACAGGUUAUUGCAAGUUUUUUGCCAAAUUCUCCGAAAACACAGAUUUAAAUUUACCAAUGCCAAAGAAUACUCAGGAAUUAAAAAAGUCAGAGAAUGGCAUUAAUGGUUAUUUAGAAACAAAUGUGAAAGAAGAUACUGUCAGAGUUAAUGAAAUAAAUAUGCAAAUGCUAUCUAAACCAUUGCAAGAACAUUUAUUUGGAAAAUGUGACAAGCAGAAACUCUUCUCAGAAGAAGAAAUAAACAAUAUAAAACAAACUUUAAGUGCGUAUGGCAUAAAUGUAAAGGAUGCAACUAGAUUACCAGAUGUGAACCUGAAGUUACCAGAUCUAGAAGGAAAAGAUAUAGAAGAACAUUUUUACAAUAUUGGAAAAGCACAAGCUAAACCGUAUCUAAAACUUAUAAAUAACGUUUUAAAAGAUAUUCCUGAAAUGCCAAAACAAUGGCUUUUCAAUGAAGGAUGGACUAGAUAUACAACAGAUGGUACAACAGAAAGUGUAGAUUAUCCACUAGAAGAUGUUGUGAUCUUUGAUGUUGAAGUUUGCGUUAAACAAGGUCCUUUGCCUACCCUUGCAACUGCGGUUAGUAAUAAAGCUUGGUACGGUUGGGUAUCAAAGUCUUUGGUACAAGGUAUUAGUCAGACAUUUGACACGCAAUUAUUUACACCAAGUUUACUUGUUCCUAUGGAAAGCACAGAAGAAGAAUAUGGACACAAGUUAAAUCAGCAUCAAAAGAAACCAAAAAUUAUUGUAGGUCACAAUGUAUCAUAUGACAGGAGUAGAAUUAAAGAACAGUAUUGGUUAAACAGAACAGGAACUCGUUUUCUUGACACCAUGUCAUUGCAUAUAUGUGUCAGUGGUCUAAAUAGCUAUCAAAGAUCAUUAUUGUUAUCCAAGAAAACAGAUCCAGAGAAGGACAAUUGGCUAUCCAAUACUUCAUUAAAUAGUCUGAUAGAAGUACACAAGUUGUACUGUGGUUAUGUGAUAAAUAAGGAAUCAAGAGACAUAUUUGUUAAAGGCACUAUCGAAGAUGUCAAAAACAAUUUUGAUAUGUUGAUGACUUACUGUGCAUCUGAUGCAGUUGCCACUCACAAUGUUCUGCGCAAGGUAUUCCCGCUCUUUCAAGAGAGAUUUCCUCAUCCGGUUACAUUAGCUGGAAUGUUGGAGCUCGGCUCUACAUACUUGCCAGUAAAUUCCAACUGGCAAAGAUAUUUGGAAGAAUCAGAAUCCACUUUUGAUGAUUUAAACUACGAAGCAAAAUUCACUCUCGCUAAAAGAGCUGACGCUGUUUGUCAUCUUAUGCACAAUGAGAAGUAUAAAGAAGAUUUAUGGAUGUGGGAUCAAGAUUGGGCUACACAGAAAAUUAAAAUAAAGAAAAAAUUAACGAAAGCAAAAUUAUCCGUUGACACAGAGACAACGGUAGUCCAAAAAGUACAUGAUCAGACAGAUAAUAAAAAAUAUUUGUCAGAUAACGAAGAAGAAGAAGAGGAUCAUCUAGCAAAAAAGUUUGCUUACUUGGAGGAAACCAGACAUUUGUUGCCAGCUAAAAUGCCUCACAUGCCGGGAUAUCCAACCUGGUACAGGAAACUUUGUCCCAAACAAAGUGACGAAAAUUGGACACCAGGUCCACAGAACAUCAGCACCUCUAUGCAAGUGGUUCCAAAGCUGUUGAAUCUCACAUGGGAAAAAUAUCCAUUGCAUUACAUCAAGGAUCACGGUUGGGGAAUCUUGGUACCUUAUAACAACGAUCCUCACGUCGAUACUGAACUUCCAUUUAAAAAUCUUCUGGCGCAUUGCCCUUUAACAACAUCUAAUGGAUCUAGAGACACUUCGAACGACGCAAUGACCACUUUGGGCACUGAUGUGGAAAAGAAUCUUCAUAAAACAGAAUUCUGGCGUUUGAAAAAGAAUCAGAACGGACCAGAACAAAUAUACAAGGGCACCGGUAUGUGGUGUAACAUUGAUAUUGACAACUGUUGCUACUUCUUCAAGCUGCCGCACAAGGACGGUCCUAAAUAUAACGUCGGAAAUCCGCUUGCUAAAGAUUUUCUCAAUAAAUUCUCCGAAAACGUACUCGCCGGCUCGGACGCCAGCGCGGCGGAAAUGCUAAAGAUCGCUCGUAUGCUAUCGUAUUGGCGAAACAAUCGUGAUAGAAUAAUGUCGCAAUUGGUAAUAUGGCUGGACGAGCGUUCUUUUCCCAUUGGCAUGAAGAAGUCGAAGAAACAUACACGUUAUGGCGCGAUAAUACCUCAAGUAAUCGUUUCCGGCACUUUAACGCGACGUGCCGUGGAACCCACGUGGAUGACGGCAUCAAAUGCUCACUCUGAACGAAUCGGUUCCGAAUUAAGAUGUAUGAUCCAAGCGCCUCCGGGAUAUAAUAUAGUGGGCGCCGAUGUGGACAGUCAAGAGCUGUGGAUUGCCUCGAUUAUCGGAGAUGCACAUUAUAAAGGUAUUCAUGGAGCCACACCUUUCGGAUGGAUGACUCUUAUUGGCACGAAAUCUAACGGCACUGAUAUGCAUAGUGUCACUGCCAAGGCUGUCGGUAUUUCGCGCGAUCAUGCCAAAGUCAUCAACUACGCACGGAUCUACGGUGCUGGACAGAAAUUUGCCGAACAGCUAUUGAAGCAGUUCAAUCCAUCUAUGACAAAUGCAGAGGCCGUUUCCAAGUCACGAAAAAUGUUCACUCUCACCAAGGGUAAGAAGGUAUUCCGAUUAAAGCCUGAAUUCGUUAAUGACGAUCUGGAAGACAAACCUUAUACAAGCUAUCAGGCGUAUCAAAUAGCAAAGCUGCAUGGUAAACCGUUGAAAGAAAUGUUUCAAAAGAGCGAGUGGAUAGACGGCUCGGAAUCGGCUAUGUUCAAUCAACUGGAGCAAAUCUCCAGCAGUAAACAACCAGUCACGCCGUUUUUAAACGCGAGACUGAGCCGCGCUAUGGAGACUACCAACACUGACGACGACGACAAGUUUCUACCCACGAAGAUCAAUUGGGUGGUGCAGAGCGGAGCGGUAGACUUUCUUCAUUUAAUGUUGGUUUCUAUGAGAUGGUUGAUGAGAGAUAAUGCGAGGUUUUGUCUUUCGUUUCAUGACGAAGUGAGAUAUUUGGUCCCAUCCAAGUACAAGUACAAUGCUGCUCUGGCCAUGCAUGUGACUAAUUUGAUGACAAGAGCAUUUUGUGCCUCGAAAUUAGGCAUGAGAGAUCUGCCAAUGUCAGUGGCGUUCUUCACCGCUGUGGAAGUUGACACUGUUCUUCGCAAAGAAUCUGCGCACGAUUGCAAAACCCCGUCGAAUCCUCAUGGUUUGCAAAGUGGAUACGAAAUACCACCCGGCGAGAGUUUAGACGUGUGGACAGCUUUGGAGAAAUCCAACGGUUUUCUAGGCUGGUGGAACGAUGGAAAAAAAGAUCGCACAACCAAGCCAACAGAUUCGACCGUCGAAGAAUUGUCGCAAUAAUGUUCAAAACAAGAACCACAAAAAAACUGAAAUUAAACUUAAAUUAAAUAAUAUAUUUUAUAUCAUAAUUUAAAAAAAAGCAGAGUUU